GCGCGAUUAAUUUGUUAUUGAUAAAAUCAAGAAAAAGUAGAUUAAAUUAUUUAAGCUCAAACCCAACGUAUACAUGUUUCUCAUUUCACGUGGACACAGCUUGAAGACUUAAUUGAGAAGCAUCCUUUUACUGUACUAAAAGAAUAAGGUACUAGUCAAAAUAUUUCAGUAAAUAAGUGAGCUCCGAUCCGGUGCUUGGAUUGCGCAUUGAAAUGCUCAAUUCUUACUCACACGAAUGUUAUUAUAAAUUUGUUACAUUUGAAUACUAACCUUUAACGCCACCAGACUUAUUGUACACUCUAAUUUGUUAAAAUUAACUUGAAAAAUUAGACCACAUCGAAAAAGAAAAAGAAAAAAAGUUGAACGAGUCAACGAGGUAUAAUUUUUCUCACCGUAGUGCAUGUCACCUUAAUAAAAUUUCAAUUCUUACAAGAUUUCUUGGGAAUAAUGUUUUAGAUACGUAUUUGACAUUUUAAUAUGUCUUGAAACUGAUGUUUUGCACCCGUUAAAUUAGGACAUUGUACCAUUUACCAAGCGGGACUUCAUUCAUUUGCUUCAAAUUAAACUUGCUCUAGAAAGAAAUAUAAUGUAUCCAUCGGUUCAUCAAGACUACGGUAAAUUCUCUGGUACUGAAGGGUAUCAUCCAGGCCCUAUGAAACAACCUUAUGCUCCUCCCUAUGCAUCUGCCGCCGGUAUGCCUGUGCACUCUCCGGCAGCCACCACGGCGCCGUGGUCAACCGGUCUUUGCCACUGCUUUGAUGACCCUGCUAACUGUUUGGUUACUUGUGUUUGUCCUUGUAUCACCUUUGGACAGAUCUCUGAAAUACUAAACAAAGGAACUACUUCAUGUGCGGGUAGAGGUGCGUUAUAUGGUUUGCUGGGACUGACAGGAUUUCCAAGCCUAUAUUCCUGCUUCUAUAGGUCCAAAAUGAGAGGGCAAUAUGAUCUGGAAGAGGCACCUUGUGUUGAUUGUCUUGUACACGUUUUCUGUGAACCUUGUGCUCUUUGCCAAGAAUACAGAGAGCUUAAGAACCGAGGCUUUGAUAUGGGAAUAGGGUGGCAAGCUAAUAUGGAAAGACAAAGCAGGGGAGGGGCAGUUACGAUGCCCCCUUAUCAUGCAAGCAUGACCAGGUGAAAUGUUUACUUUUGCGGUUGUUAAUUGGAAUUUGAAUGUACUUAAUUAGGGGAUUAGUAUCCUGCAGCCAAAUUGAUUCUUAUGGCAACUAAUUUCCCUUGUAAUAAGAUGAUUUAACUUUGACAAGCUUUAGAAUUAAGAAGUGUCAGGCUGGCAAUAUGCUAUUUAGUUUGAAAUUAUAUUUUGAUUUAAAUUUAUGUAUGCUGACAGUAUAACAUAAAACGCAAUUGCACUAUUC